GUCUCCUCGCGCCUCUGUCCAUCACAACGGUGAGGACGAUGCAUCUCUAACAGGAUGACCCCGCGGGCACGCGCGUCCCCCUUAACGAGUCUGGCACGCGCGCGCGCGGGCAUGAGCGUUGAUGUACUGGACGUCUAAAGCCGCGCCGGGACCCCUAACCGGCACGUUCUUGCGCUGUUACCUGCGCCUCAACAUGGCGUCCGGGGGCGGGAGCGGGUGGCAGACCCCCUGUAGCCCCCCCAUCGUCGACAACACGAGCAGACACACGCGUACGUCCUCGUGCGCCGCGGCGAUGUCGCGCGAAGAAGGCGGCGGCGGCUGGUCGCUGGAGUACACGCAGGACCUGCACCUCAAGAUGAGCAAGAAGAUAGCCCAGCUCACCAAGGUGAUUUACGCCCUUAACACCAAGAACGACGAACACGAGGAAGAGAUGGAGGCACUGAAAGACUCCCAUGAAGACGAGGUCCAACACAUCGUCACGGAGACACGGGACAAGAUCAUGCAGUUCAAGAACAAGAUGGCGGACGAGGCGGACCUGCGGCGGCGGCUGGCAAGCCUGGAGGAGUCGGUGGAGAUGCACGAGCACAUGAAGAGACAGGCCCUGGCUGAGUUUGACAUGUACAGACAGAGGAUAGAGGACGCCCAGAUCUGCACAGAAGCCCAGCACACACAGAGAGUGGUGUCCAUGAGCAGAGAGGUGGAGGAGAUGCGGCGGGACUUUGAGGAGAAGCUUCGCUCCUUCGGCCAGACCCAGGCCACGGUGGAGGGGGAGAAGCGCCGCGCCCUGGAGGAGCUGCGGGCCUCCCACCGGGGGGAGGUGGAGGCCCUGCUGCACGCCCAGCAGCACCACAGCGCCUCCUCCUCGGAGGAGCAGGAGAAGCAGGCAGAGACGCACCGCCACGAGGUGGAGUCCCUCAUGGAGCGUGUGGAGCAGCUCACCCGGGACAAGGUCCACCUGGUGGAGGAGUACGAGGGCCAGCUGGCCAAGGCCCAGGACUUCUACGAGAGGGAGCUGGAGGGCAUGCGCCGCACCCACCAGCUCACCGCCGAGAACCUGCUGGCCUGGAAGCACACCGAGGUGGAGCUCCGCAAGGAGUUCCAGCUCCAGGAGGUGGCGCUGCAGCGCUCCCUGGCCAAGCUGCGCUGCGACCUGCAGCGGGCGCAGGAGGAGGCCCGCGAGAACCGGGACAAGGCCAAUCGGCUGCAGACCUCGCUCACCAACGCAGAGGGCACCAUCAAGAACCUCCACCAGCAGCUGAGCGAGGCGGUGCAGGACGGGGAGAUCUGGGUGAUGCAGCUCAAGGACACCGAGGACGAGCUGGAGCACAGCCGCGACCGCGUGCAGCAGCAGGCCGGAGACAUCCUGCACAAAGCCAGUCAGAUCGGCAGCCUCCAGGCCACCCAGAUGUCCCACGAGACCACCAUCCGGGACCUGGACCAGGAGCAGGGCCGUCUGAAGGAGGCCAUGUCCCGGCUGGAGGGCGAGCGCGAGGCCCUGCUGAACCAGAGCCAGGCCGCCGACGACGCGCACCGCCAGCAGGUGCUGAAGCUGGAGCAGACUCUCCGCGAGGAGCACCAGCGGUAUGAGAAGGAGCUGUUCCUGCUGCGGGGGCGCUACGAGGACGAGGCGCUGCGCUUCCAGGAGGCGCAGGUGCGCGCCCUGGAGGAGGUGGAGGAGCGGCAGCGGGCCCUGAGGGAGGAGGUCCGGCAGGAGAAGGAGGAGGAGAAGGAGGUGCUGAUGACGAAACUGAGCCAGGAGUUUGAGAUCAAGCGGUUGUCUCUGGAGGAGCAGAGGGACCACCUGCAGCAGCAGCUGGACAGCCUGAAGGACGAGCUGUCUGCCAAACUCAACAUGGCCAACCAGGAGGUGUCUCACCUCCAGGAGCAGGUGAGGGAGAGCGAGCACAAGCUGGGCUCGGCCCAGGGACAGAUCGGCUGCCUCAAGGACACCCAGGAGAAGUUGAAGGUGGAGCUGGACGCGACGAGGGGCCGGGUCCGUGAGACCAGCAACCUCCUGACCGACCUACAGGAGGAGAUAGAGAGUGAGAAGCAGCAGCACGAGGCCAGGCUCCUGUCCAUCCGAACGGAGGAGAAACAGAGGAUGGACAAGAUGGCCGACGACCUCGACCUGAAAUGGACGGAGGCGUUGCGGGAGGAGCUGCGCCUCCUUCGGGAGGAGCUGAACGAGGAGCACGAGGCGGAGAAGCAGGCCGUGCUGGGACAGCUGUCCCAGCAGAAGGAGCUGGAGGUGAUGGCCGCCCGGGAGAGCUGGCAGAGGAGGGUGGAGGACCUGCUGGAGCAGAUCUCCCUGCUGAAGCAGUCCCUGGAGCUCCAGCUCUCCCAGUCCCAGGCAGCCCUCCAGCAGCUGCAGUCCCAGUUCAACCAGGAGAGGGAGCAGCUGAGCCAACAGCUCAAAGAGCUCCAGCGGGAGCACCAGAGGAGGGAGCACCGGCUGCAGGAGGCUCACUGCUGCGCCCUGAGCACCAUGGAGGAGGCCCGGCAGCACCAGAUCAUGGCCCUGGAGGAGCGGCUGAAGCAGGAGCAGCGAGAGGAGGUGCAGGCGCUGAAGGAGGCGCACCGGCGCACGCUGGAGAUCCUGAGGCAGCAGUCGGAGCAGGAGCUGCAGACGCUUCGCUACGAGCUAGAGGACGAGGGAAAGGCCAUGCUGGCCUCCCUGCGCUCGGAGUUGAACCACCUCCACGCCACGGCGGUGGAGCACCUGAAGCAGAUUCACCUGAAGGAGAACAGUGUGGCCAAGAAGGAGCUGGAAAACACGCUGCACCACAGCCACGAGCAGGAGCAAGAGCUGCUGGGCCGCAUCUCGGCACUGCAGGGCGACGUGUGUAGCCGUAGCAACCGCAUCACGGCGCUGGACCACGAGAUCCACUCGCUGAACCAGACCAUCGACACACUGACCCGGGAGCUGGAACUCAAGGGCAAGGAGGUGCUGAGGGUCCGCAGUGAGAGCAGCCACCAGAUCAGGGCCCAUGAGCAGGACCUGGGUAAGAGACAUGAGCGUGAGCUGGGCGAGCUGAGCGGGGCCCACCACCGGGAGACACACAUCAUGCUGGCUGACUUCAACAAGGCCCAGGAGGCCCUGAAGGACAAGAUCACCGCCCUCCAGAUACUGCUCGAAGGCACGGAGGACAAGUUCCGGAACCGCGAGAGCCGCCCAGAGGACCUGGCCGCCAUCGCCGAGCUUCGCGCCAUGGUCACGGAGCGAGAGACGCUGGUCAAGAAGUUAGUGGAUGACAAGAAGUUCUACCAGCUGGAGUUGGUCAACAGAGAGACAGGCUUCAGCAAAGUGUUUAACUCCAGUGCCAACGUUGGCGUGAUCAACCCACUGGUCAAGCCUUCCUGAAGCUAUGGACAUGUCCUCAACAACC